AUGGCUGCACAAGGAAAUAGACGCAUAAUAAUUGAAUUAGCAAGACUAAGAGAUUUAGAAUCAUAUGACCCACCAGAUAAAUUUAUUGUUGAUGAACCAACUCUUGGUGAACCACCUCUUGAUAUUAAUGGAUCAAUUAUAAUACGAGGGAGAAUUCUUCCGAUUUCUCACCCGUUUAAUCAAGCUGCAUUUCAAACAGAAUUGAAAAUACUACCUGAAUACCCAUUUAGGGCACCACAAGUUCGUUUUAUAACGCCUAUUUAUCAUCCUAAUGUCGGCGAAGAUGGUGCAAUAUGUAUUGAAAUACUUAAUUCAGCACAUUUAUGGAGACCAACAACACCCUUAACUGAUGUUGUUAAAGCUGUUGUGAAACUUAUAGAUAAUCCUGAUAUUAAUCAUGCACUCAGACCAGAUGUUGCUGCUGAAUAUGCAUCGGACAGAGCCACAUUUGACAGUAAAGCGUUAGAAUUCGUCAAAAAACACGGUUUACCACGAUAUUAG